AUGUCAAGAGAGCAGCCCUUAUGUCGGGAAGACUCAGAGGAGCUCUCCAAGGCCCUUGCAGCAGGAGAGUGGUGGGCUAUUGUGGAGGUUGAAAUACCCAUCUCUGAGUUGCCCGAGUUUGGGGACUUCACCUGGUGUGGACCACUGGAGGUAGAAGAAGCAGAGGCUCCUGUGCCCACCAGGACUCCACUAGGAUCGCCAGUGCCAAAGUCCCAGGAUUGGCGGAAUCGUCAUUUGUCUGAGACUGUCAAGCCGGAGCGACAGCAUCCACAGGAAGGACCAGCAGCUGUUGAGUCCCCGCAGCAUGCCCCUGUGCCCACUUGGUUUUCUCCAGGAUCAACUGAUUGGAGAUCGCAGCAUCCACAGCAGAGUAAGUGGAUGCAGAAAAGGGUACAGAAAGCACCAGCGGCUGAAUCCUCACAGCAAGCCCCUGUGCCCACUGGGUCUCCACCAAAACCACCUCUGCCCUUGGCCCCAAGGAUCCCAAAAGGUGCGCUUGUGAAUUCGGGGACCUCACAGGGAUCACUUGUGCCUUCAGUUUCCCCCAAACUGGGAGAAAGCCUCAGGAUCCCUAAACAGCCGUGGCAGAAGCAGAGGGAGCAGAAUAUCCCAAAGGGAGCAUCUGGCAACGUAGGUGUGUGUCAGCCAGCUCCCAAAAAUAAAAUCUGUGUGGAUAUUGUCAAAAAGGAUCGUAAACCGAGGAAAACGGAUCGGAUAAAGACUUCACACCAGCACCAGAUCAGCAUUCCUCCCAGGUCCCAGAUGAACCGGAAGAGAGCAUUGGAUAAUGCAGAUGUGGACCGCUCACUCACCUCCACACAAAAUGCCCCGCUUGGCAACCAAAGUCAAGGACCAGGACUUGGAACCAGUCAGCGUCAAGAAAUUGUGCAGUUUAUGCACCAUAUUCAUACAUUUUUCUAA